UCUCUGAGGCCAUAGCGUCAUAGCAUAAACUUGGCAUAAGCACCCGGUAAUGAGGUUUGUUUAUUCCCUAGUCACUGUUUUCCGUUUGCCUGUAUCCGCACACUCAACAAGUUUGCUGCCUGAAAGCCUAAUUUUUCCAUUUUGGCGGCAUGUUCGGCGGAUUCGCCGACGAAGGAGUGCCGUUUCUACAACUUCUCAUCAGAGUUCAGACAAGACUGUGGGAAGAACUCGCAGGCUGAAGUGCAUCGUCGGCGCCUCAAUCACAUCCACGACAUCCGGCAAUCUUCCACCACUGCUCUCACCAAGUGAGGAGGGAAGUGCAGCUGGCAUCUUGCUAGCAGGAGCUGUGCCAAUUUUGUGACGUAGUGGUUGAGUUGUUGUCGUCCAUAGACAAAGGAUCCCACGCACAAGCUUCGACAUUGCCUGCAGUCUUACCGGAGUCUCUGGAAUUUCAAGGCUACUUCGAAUCUUGGGAGUCGCCGUUGCUCCAAGAAUUGCUGGUUUUGGAGGAUUCCCCGGCGCACAACAGCAGUCCACCGUCACAAGCAACUCAAGCUUCGGCGUUAUUGGGGCAUCCCUGUUCGCCUCCAACUCAUCGAGACGUAGUUGCCCGGGGGUGACGGCGCGGUCGGUAAGCGCGCACGCAGCGUCGUGGGCUGUCUCGUUGAGGUUGGGCGAGGCGCCCGGAAUCCGACCCAGGUGGGCGGGAAACCAGAUGACGGUGUGGUGUUUGAGGGUGCUUGGAUCACCGUAGGCAUUGCAAGCUUGAUGCUCUACGCUGUGUCACUCAUCUCUGAGAAGAACAUCGCCGUUUCCCACUGACCACCUUUCUCCUGGGACUGGCCACUGGGUCCUCUUCGCUUCGGCUCCGCACCGUGACAGCAAAAUUUGCUUGUCGCUGAUAUCUUGAGUGCGCAGAACUACACCAACACCUUCAUACAGGUGAGCGCUCUCUACUGACCCCUCUUGAGGCUUGGGCGAGCCCGAGGGAGGACACCAGGCCCGAAAACCCGGCCCCUUUGCGUCACUGCCAUGCUAAACCUCGCGACGCAACUUCCCUCUACUGUGACCAGCGUGGAGGUUCAUGUGCAAGGUACGGACAUGGUCCCAAGCCAAUAUGACCCUCGGGACUAGACCCAAGUCCUGAGAACACAGGCGAACCACCAGGAAAACAGACAAGCGACCCAAGGUUCAAACGCCGAGCCUGCUGGUCAGGAGACACAGAGUCAGUUGGGAGAAACACAGGAGACCGCCACAACUCCCGCACUACACCGCUCCUCGACACAGCUACGCAGGCUCCAUACAGCUGUGCAAAAGGUCAAGCAACCGCUGGCUCUUGCCCCAGACGAAUAUAAAGUCAUCUUCCGCUCCCAGGGAGGACUUGACCUGACGAUGCUCCAGCCACACUACCUCCUCACCGCUCUCAUGCAGGCUGCUGCACUGAGCGACCCAUCUACGCUGACACUUCAGAUUCACCCCGUCAAUAACACUUGCAUAGUGUCUGCGGCGAAUCAAAAUGACACUCUCAAGCUCGUACAACUCCAGCACAUCAUCUACUACCAACCUAAGUAUGCCAUGGCGGCAUAUAUUGCACCACGUGAUGGCUCAGUUAGGGGAGUUAUCACGAAUGCCUACUGGAAAGAAUCGCCGCAAGAACUUCUAGCAGACUUGAUCGCCCGCAACCCCAACGCUACUAUACUAGAUGCUCGACGGAUGGGACUCACACGCUCGAUACUCAUCACCUUCGGUCAAGCCAUCGUCCCACGAAAAAUAUUUUGUGGCGGAGGACUGCAUCUGUGCAAGCCCUAUACACCAAGGGUCGAGACCUGCAGUAACUGCUGGACCAUAGGCCACCGCAUGGAUGUCUGUAUCCAACCUAGGACACACAAGUGCCCCAGAUGUGGCGAGUUACACCCAAAGGAGCCAACUCCAUCAUGCACUCCAGUCUGCAUCAUUUGCCAAGGCCUGUACUUGUCUGGGACCCGGGAAUGCAAGCACCGCCACCUCCAUAGGGCAACCAAGCCCACCUCCGAAUGCGAAGCACGAUCCCGGCGACGAGUAGACCACCGCUCACCACGCAGUGCAGGAUCCGAACGCCCGGAACCAUCUGCUGGCCAGCAAACAGGGUGCUUCAAGAGCUCAGACCGACCGACAUGGACCGACAAGCUGAAGACGCCCAACGUGAACACAAAACUGGCAAGCAACAUCCCGCUCACCCCGGACCCCCCUGACCAGGAGCUUCGGGCUUUGUGUGUGGAGGUAAGUCGACUCACAACACUUUUAGCACACAACCCCGUUCCCCCCUGCUCACCCCAACAUCACUCCUUCCACCCACUGUGGAGUCACCCAUCGCACCUGCCAUACCCGCCUCACCCUCCUAUAAAAAGAAACGCACAUUGGACUUGCAUGACAAUUAUCAGGCCAAAGACUUGGAAUAAAAAUUUGACGCUAAAUUGGUAGCUCUGGAGGCGUGCCUCGAAACCAAAUUCACAACACUCGCUGAACAGCAAUCUUGUCACCUUGAGCAACAGAUGGACACACUUUUCACAUGCUUAAGCCUAACUUUUGAACGUACUUUUGCACAAUUUGAGACGCGCCUUCAGAGGCUAGAGACAAAUACCAGCUCUUCGCAUGAGGGGUCCCAUACCUCUGUCCUACACCUACCUACUCCUCCUAUCCCACUUCCACCACCGUGAGAACCUAUCCUCGCCCCACCCACGCUCCAAUAUGGCGGGCCGGGAUAAUUCUACCUACCUAUCACUAAUCCAAUAGAACUGCCGCGGCUUUCGAGGCAAGUGUGCGCCGCUGCAGCUCUUAAUACCUACCCUCCCUGCCAUACCUAAGCUCCUUUUGUUACAGGACACAAAACACCAAGCCAAACUUCCCAGUUACCACGCAGUACACUCAGACACCACCAACAACCCUUGGGUAUUCACACUGAUACAUUGCAAUAUUAAACUUCCCAGUUACCACGCAGUACACUCAGACACCACCAACAACCCUUGGGUAUUCACACUGAUACAUUGCACUAUUACCUACCAAGAACACACGAUCACCUCCACCACCCCGUUUGUCCUCAUCGAAAUCAUCCCCAUGAAACGUAAUACACCUCCGAUCUUUAUUGCCAACAUAUACCACACCCCACGCCCAACCAUGACCACUCUCUAUGCUUUACUCCAGAAAAUUCAUCGCAUUGCACGCCAAAAUCUCCUACUCAUAGGAGGCGACUUUAACUCUCAGCAUACAAACUGGGGUUAUCGGUACACCACAGCACGGGGUCGCAGGCUUUGGACUACCAUCCAAGACCUGCGCCUUACUACACAUAACAACUUUCACACACCAACCCGAAUCGGCAACAGUGUAACCAUGGAUACUAGUCUGGACUUUACACUCAGCCGUUGCCUCAAAGGUAUCUCGUAGUCACGGACGCAACACACACUCUGAAGUGACCAUUACAUUAUCGCCAUCCAAAUACCUCAUACACAACACAGCCCUCGACUCCUCACCCACAAUCUUAUUAAAUGGGACGCAAUCCGGUCCGCACAACCAGAACACUCAGACACCCCGAUACAAGACAUUGAUCAUUGGGUUGCAUCUUUCCUAAACGACAUAACCGCACACACACAACACAUUGCCACGUCACCCGGCACCCCAACACUGAACACACGCCUAGCCCACCUCUGGGUGGCACACCACAGCAUCCUAGAGAGAUGGAAAAGCCAAAACAUAAUAGAAAGCUAAAACGAAGACUGGCCACGCUACAGACACAAAUCGCUGCACACGCCGAGGAGCUGUGCCAUUCCAACUGGGAUCAGGUGUGCAACGGUAUAUCUGGCACCCUCUGUACCAAGAACGCAUGGCAACUCCUACGGCAUCUUGUUGACCCCACACACUCGCGCACGGCAUCACAACAUCACAUUACACGCCUCAUUCACAACUCCACGCUCUCCCCCAACACCCUUCUGGACCAACUCUGGACAGAACACAUGGCACCCGGGCGCCUCCCCUCCUCUAUCACCCUACACAGGAGCCCCGAAUGAGGCCCUUGACAUCGAUAUUUCGGAGCAAGAGGUCCGCAUGGCCCUCCAAAACAUCCACACAAGCUCUGCACUGGGAAAGGACAGAAUAACAAACUCUAUGCUCUGUAACCUGGAUGAUCAAUCUAUCACACAGAUUAAAGUAUAUUUUAAUCAAUGCUGGAGAGACGGCACCCUGCCACAGUCCUGGCACCAUGCCAAUAUUAUCUUCAUCGCGAAACAGAACAAACACCACACCAUAUCAAACCUCCACCCCAUAUCACUCGCAUCAUGUCUCGGGAAACUGCUCAAGCAUGUUGCUUUAAACAGACUCAAUCAGCAUAUGCACGACCACAACCUCUGUCCGCACAGCAUGGUGGGCUUCCGCCCAGGUCUCCCCGCCCAAGAUGCCAUGCUUCAAUUGACACAGGACACCUUUGACCCUCUCAUCCCUGCUCAUACUAAAGCCAUCUUGGCCCUGGACUUGUCCAAGGCCUUUCAUCGUGUAGAACGCUAAGCGAUCAUGGCGGCUCUCUCCCCCCUCAAUGUAGGCGCCCGCAUGUACACCUACAUACAAGUGUUCCUCUCGCGACGCACAGCUGAGGUUCAUAUGGGCUCCCAUGCGUGCCCUCCAUACACCCUCAGCGGAGUGGGCACUCCACAAGGUUCUGUCCUUUCCCCUUUUCUCUUCAAUUCCACACUCAUUCCCUUAGCCCAUGCUCUUCACAAUGUCCUCCACCUUCACCACACCCUCUAAUGAAGAUGACAUCACUCUGUGGACUACCCACGGCAUUCAUGGUGACAUAGAGGAAACUUUAGAAACCCCCACAAACAUCACACAACAACACGCACAAAGCAUUGGUCUCUCCUGUUCCCCGGAAAAGUCCCAGAUACUUCUCAUGCGUCCCUCACCACAUACUCUUACCACGGCGCCCAUCACCAUUACUAUGGCCGGACACCCUAUCCCGGAGGUCAACACACUCCGGAUCCUGGGCCUUCACAUCCAGAGCAACGGCCAGAGCACUUUCACUCUCUGGAAACUCAAGCGGGUGACGGAAGCGCUGUCACACCUCAUCUGCAGAGUUACCGGCAAACACUAUGGCAUGAAGGAGCAUGAUUUGUGUCGUCUCAUUCAUGCCUUCAUACUCAGCUGUUUCCUCUACACAAUCCCAUAUCUUCGACAAGAAGAAAUUGCCAUCCUAGAUGCUAUGCUUUUUAAAGCCUACAAGGUGGCCCUACACCUCCCCCCUAACACGCGAACCACCAAACUUCUCCAGCUUGGGCUCCACAAUACCACACAUGAACUCAUUGAGGCCCACAGACAAGCACAAUACACUUGCUUAGCUCAAUCUAUCACAGGACGUUACGUACUAGACGCUUUCCGAAUUCGCAUACCAGCAGCCGACCCCACACUCCUACCAGUUCCCCGCCCCAUACACAUUCAGCUCAUAGUAAAACCCCUUCCUCGGCCCGCCGCAAAGCCAGUGCAAAAGCUCUACACAAAUACUAUGGUUUCGAAGCUGGCGCCGUAUGGGUGGACACGGCCUGCACGGGCAGAGGUGCAGCAGCUGUAGUCGUUGACGAUACACUCCAACCCAUCGCAACUCUCCACCUUCCUGGUGCAUCCACCCCGGAAUUCUCGGAAGAAGUGGCGAUCGCGCUUGCCCUCACACACACUGAUGCCCGGUACGUCCUUACCGAGUCAAAAACCGCUCUCUUAAAAUUUUGCACGAGGACGAGUCCACAAGACUGCCUUCUACAUUCUCAGUUUGCCCUCCGCAAAACCGCCCCGCCAUGUGGAAAUGAUCUUUCUUUUUUUUUUUAGCAUUGAUUUAGACACAGUGAAGGUCUUGGAUGGCAAGGCUAAAGACAGUACAUUAUCUGCCUGACUAAGGCCCUCUAACCCAUACAUUGCUCAACAGUGAGGUAGCAUAUCAUAACAUACAGAUAGUAUACACAUAUAUCAAUAGCAUGGAUUAGACACACAUAGCAUACGUUACAAACAUACUUGAAUUAAAUACAACAAUCACUGUACAUCUUUCUAAGUAGAAACAGUUUAGGAUCAACAGAGUAAUAUGAACACGAAAAAAGAUUUAUAUAUAUACAAGCACAGUAUGAAACGCACUUAAAAUAAUUGUACAUAAAACACACAAGAAACUAAUUAGCACAAUGUCAAUCAGAAAGGGAAAGCAAAUAUUUUUUCAUGGCACUUUUAAAGCAGUUUAAUGAUCUGAAGUUUUGCGCGAUAGGGAUCGUGUUAGGAUGUGCAUUUAUGAAGGAUGGGACUAAGUAUGCUAGUUGUUUUCUACCAUAGUUGGUCCUGCAAAAUGGCACUCUAAUAUGGUCAUGCCUGAAAUUGUAUUUGGUGUAACUUGAGAGGUGGUUUUGAUAAAAAAUGAGUGAAUUUUUCUUGAGUUCGCCUCGUAUGUAUAUAGCGAGCUUAAGUUCGUACAGUUGAUUAAUUUUUAAAAGUGCAUGUUUUAGGAAAAAAUAUGCCGUGUGAUUGCGGGGUCCAAGGUUUUCAACACAGCGAACUGCUUGUUUUUGGAGACAUAUCAAUCGAUCCAAGUUUGAUUGGAAUGUAGUCCCCAUACCAAAAGGCAAUAACUAAGAUGGGACUGAAUUAAAGCAUAAUACAGACGACGUUUCAACCAAGUAGGAACAAGGUAUCUAAUCUUAAACAAUAUGCCUAUUGACCUACAAAUGCUAGAAUGAAUCUUCGUUACAUGAGGUGUAAAACUCAGGUUCUCAUCAAAAAGCACGCCUAAAAGUUUAAAAGCUGAAGUCCGCUUGAUUACACAGCUAUUGAACUUUACACAAAAAGCACAGUCAUCAGGCCUAUUUCUAGGCUUAAAAACCACAUAUUUUGUUUUGUUGACGUUUAACUGCAGGUGGUUCACUGAUAACCAAACUAAAAGUUGAUCUAACCGAUUAAUAGCUGUAAUUACUAGCACUCGUAGACUGUCACAUGAGAAAAACAAAUUUGUGUCGUCAGCAUACAAGACUAUAUCUAGCUCGAGUAAGCGGUAUGUUUACAAUAGAAUAAAGAACAGUGACUCAAAAUUGACCCUUGGGUGCCUGCCUGUGCACUCUCGGAAUCCCGGCAACAAAGCUGCCAAUGAGUCGAGCUCUUCUCGGGAGCGCAUGCACUCGUUCAGCGAGCUGACCCAGGCAUAUUGCACCGAACGCCAGCUAUACCUCCCACCCCACCAAUCUCUUGGCAAUUAUCACCAAAUACUAUGGCGCGACCUCCAGACCCGCACCCUUCCCUCCCCCUAUUUCCUCUCCCGCAUCCACCCGGGAGCAUACAUCCCCUCGUGUGCUCAAUGCACUCACCCCCAUGCUAUGCUUACCCACAUUCUCCUUGAAUG